AUGGAUUUCAAACAACUGAUGAACUUGGCCUCUCAAAACAAAAGUCGUGCAGAAAAGCAGGUAGUACAUAAUAUGAAAUUUAUUUUAUGAGUAAAAAUUAGUUUAGCUCUAUCAGUAACUUACUCAAAGAGAUACACUGUGGUAGUUCUUUCAUAGUAUGCACUAUGAGAGAAAAAGGUGUAUGAGCUAAAUAGAACUGCAAAGCUCUUACCAGUUUUAGCAUUUCAGACUUAAUCAUAGCAAUAAAUAAUGUACAGUAAGGGCAGGGAAAAUUACUCUCAUUUGUUUGUUGCUGUCCUUGUCUUAAAACAUGUCUGUGGUUGGUCACCCAAGUCAGAGAUGACCUGUAGACUGGAGUUUAGAAUAUUCUUAUCUCUAAGUCAUCAUUUCUGUGUUUAUUUACUUUUUAUGUAUUCAUUGGCAAUAUUUACACAGGCUGGCCUGUUCAGCUUAAAAUUGGUUUAAAUAGGGGCCUGUAUAAACAAUUUAGUCUAGACCACAGUGCACGGAAGCUGCAUUCCUUACUCUUUGUAAGAAGUGGCUGGGUUUUUGAAUGUCCCCUGCUAACCAGUACAGAAAAGAUGUAGGAGACAAUGCCAAUGUUUUAUCGUCCUUAUCCAAGAAUACUAAAAUGUCUAACCAAUUGCAGCCGUCAUAGCAAAGGUAGCACAUUCCCUGAGUGUUGGAUGGUCUGGGGCUUGAACCUUCAACCUUUUACACUGCAAUCUGGUGCUCUACAAUAUAAGCUUACCAAGUGGUGGCUAACCAUUUCUGUUACUUUGUGAAACAUCCAUUCAUUGAACGUUCAUUGUUUAAAAUUGUAUUGAAUAAAUAGAAAGACACAAAAGAAGUGAUACCCAGGCAUUCUAAUGGUGGAUCAAAAGAAGGUGUCUCACAAGCUGCUGUUCAAACUUUUCUUGCAAAGAGAGAGAUGGAGAAAAAAAAGAAGGCAGGUAGGAAUGCUGAUUGAUACUGGCUUUUAAAAGUUCAUCGAGUGACAGGGAACAAAACAAUAAAAUACCUUAGAGGUAUUUGGGGUGUGAGGGUGAGGAUAAACUAUAAGGAGAUCAUGUUCCAUCAUUGGGGAGCAGGAUACACUCAAAGUUACUUUUCGUGACAUAGUCCAGAAUAACAGUUAGCGGUAGACUUCCGUCUCCUACUUCAUCUCUGUACUGGAAGGGGUUUACUCCACAUUUAAGGUUUUAAACUGUGUGAUUUCAGGGUUUAUUGGGAUAAGCAUUCUUGGUUAAUAUUUUUGGUUGGUUGGGUGAAAGAAGUUGACUUCAUCAACUGAGUUGAUAGAAUCAAAUUAUCUUGUUAUACUCUCCCAGCAACACAGCACUACAUUUUGUUUUAGAAACUUACCCCCUUAAUUCAUUUUUUUUUUUAUUUAGCUGAGGAAGAGGCAGCAAGACGAGCAAGGAUUGAGGAACGUUUAGCCCAGUCCCUAGGUGUUAAAAGAACAGAGUCUUCAAAAGUUACUAAGGGUGGCGUAUCAUCACAGGAAGGACAAAAAAAACCAUCAAAGACAGAUGUGAUAAAUGGAAAACAAUCAACUAGAAUAUUGAAUGAAAAACAAAAAAACUCAGAUCAAAGAGCAUCUAAAAAGCUCCAGGUUUCAUCUUCAAAGAACACUGAUCGCGACAGAACUAGACCAUCUCGGGAAGCUGAUGGCAAAAAUGGUGUUACAAAGUCAAAGUCAUCUUCUGCAAAGAAAGGUGCACCUCUUAGUUUUAAAGAUUUAUUGGCUGCUGCUGAGCGCAAUAAGAAUGGGAGUGCCCCUUUAAAAUCAUCAGUACAAAAUGUUAGCAGUGCAAAGAAAAAGGAAAGUGACAAGGAAAGCAAUCGUGUCAAAAAGGAAAGUUUGGAAGACAAAUUUACCAAUCCAGCACAGGAUAAGAGAACAAAGCACCCAAAAACAGUUCAAACUAGGGAUUCUAAGACAUCAUCAAAACUGGUUACAAAUGAUAGCAGGGUCAAAGCUAAACCAUCAUCUUCAACACAGAGUUUGAGAAUGAAAGAAAAGCAGGACUCAAAGCAAUCUUUAGGGUUAUUGAGCAGAAGUAAAGAGCAUCUGGUCAGUAAAAAAAACUCUACAAUUGCACCAAUACCAAGUAACUCAAAACAUAUUAGUCCAAGUGUGGAAAGACAGUUAGUGAAAGAAAGACAACUUUACCAUCAAAAGGAAAGAAUGCUGCUAAAAAGGAAAAGGAAUCCUUAUAUGGAUGAGAUGGAUGAUUUCAUUGAUGAUGAAGAUGUCGAUGACCCUGCUGAUGUCUCUAAGUAUAUAAAGGAAAUUUUUGGUUAUGACAGAUCAAGGUUUGUAUCUCUUUUACAGACUGAUUUACACCUUACCAUCAGUAUCUAUAUUCUCCACUCUCUUGCAGUUAUAUUUCCUUUAGUACUGACCAGGAGAAUUUCUUUAACUAUCAAGAGCUACUUAAAUUAGUUGAUGAUCAUUUCCUUUAUUCUUGUGACCUUCAUGUGUCAUUCAGAGAUGAUAGAGUGAGGAGGAACUGGAUGCUAGGGUUAAAUUUCUUUUGAUGUUUUAAAGAAAAAACAAUUACAACAGACAUUUGUAUAGACUGACUAAUGUUGUCAAGGUGGCAGCAUCUAGGGCAUUCAUAUCUAUCACAAGUGAUAGCUUUGCAACAGUGUCAUAUAGAACAUUAGCAGUCAUAAGCGUGGUGGAUCUGUAUGUGACAUAUAUUUUAGAAACAGGCAACUGCGGACAAUCUAGUUUGCAGAAUACAACUUUAUUUUUAUGAAAACUAACCAACCACCCUAAGAUUUUUUUCAUGAAGCCUUUCAGUGAAUGAUUAUAAGUUAUUGUACCAGUGCUCAGACAGUCUAGUCAAAGACCCGCUAUCCAAAAGUCUAGAUAUUCUAAUUGUAACUUGCUUGAAUGUAAUCUUUCCCACAGAUUCAAUGACGAAGAUGAUGAUUUGUCUUGUAUGGAAAGCAGUUAUUCACAAAUAGAAAAGGAAGAACAUAAGAGGUAAAUGUAGGAGAUUGUCACAAUCAUGAACUCUCAUCGUGGGAGUUAUUGUUAAUGUGAUAUUCCCUGAUUAAAGAAAUUAAAUUCUGGACACAUUGUUAGGGGAAGGGCAGUAUGGGAAAGAGUUGUUUCAGGAGGACAAGGGAACUGAGAGUUGUUGCUCCCACUGUAUGCAGCUUUUGUUUUUUAGCUGCUGGUCUGUUUCUGGUUUAACCAUCUUGUUACAUCACUAGUUAUAUUUAGGACUGUAAGCAAACCAUGACUGCUAUGGUGGGGAAUGCAGAAAAGCAAAAAAUCUAAAGAGAAGAAGAAUAUCUCCUUUCUUGGACAUCUCUAAGCCAUCCUCUGCAAAACAACAAUGUGAAAUCACCAAAAUUUGCGCAAUUUCUUUAAGUUUCCAUUUUGAACUCAAUGCUGCUCAUGUACCAUUUGCAAAAUUCUUACAGAAAAUUUAAAUUUUUUUUUUUAUCAACAUCCUCUUCUAGGUUGUUGUCCUGACUGUUUAAGGUCCCUUAUGUGUCUAGCCUCCCAGCACCUUUAAAAUUGCAUCUCUUUUUUUUUGCAUCCUUUUUUUUCCUGAAGGCCAUUUGACCUUUAUCUUUGUUUGGUUGAAUGAUGCAUCUUUCAUGGGUUGUUAAAAAUCUUAUGUAAAUGUUUCUUUUUCUUGUUUCACCAGUGCCAAGAUAGCUCGCCUGGAAGAUGAAAUUGAGCAGUUGAAGGAAUUGGCAGAGCUAAAGGAAAUGAGAGAUAAACUCAAGAAGAAAUCAAAGAAAUAAAAUUAGUUGAAGAGUGUGGAAACUAGUUUUUUUGUCAUUUUAUUAGGGCUAGGCAGAUGAGAAGUCUAGUUACCAGGUAACUACAGAAAGACAUAACUAAACUCUUCUGCAGACAAAUUUUCUUUAGGAGGGAUUGACAGCUUUCUUCCCUACUGGUGUGUGAGACAAAGAUACAUUACUAGUCAUUCUUACAUGGGGAAUGGUCUUCUUGAUAUGUGGCAAUGUGUUGUUAACUGCUUGAAAAGUCUUGUGUUGGAUUUUCUGGAAGUUUUCUAUCAAGUUUUCAAACAGCAUGAAAUAAUCACUGUUAAGUACAAACAUCUUUCGAGAAGAACAUAUUUUCCCAAAAGAAUGAACUUUAAUUUACAUUAGAGCAAAUUUUAUUCAGAGAAAUUGAAAAAGUUAACAAGUCAGAGAAGGCUUGUUGCUCUCUUCAGAAGUGGAGGAUAAAGUUCAGAAUUUAAUGACAAGAUAUUUUAUCUAAUAGACUUUAUUUAAUUUUGCUUACCUA